AUGACCAUCACACAAUACUCUGGCCUUAUGAAUAAAAACGGAAGUGCCCCUGAGGUGCACUCCCAAGGCUCGGCGGUACAGUCAAGAGAAGACCAGAUCUUUCAGCUUCAAGAAAAACUUAUUGAAGAAUAUGGCGGAGAGGAAGAAGAGGUGAUCCUCAACUAUCUCACUACAGACUACUGUGAAGGGCCCACAGAGUCGAUACUCGAUGCUGUUAUGACGGUAUUCACUUCCGAGAAGCACAAGCAUCGCUUCAUUCCUUGCAAUGAAGGUGAUAUCGUUUAUGAGGGCGAUGGAGUAGACGAUGAUGAAUAUGAUAUUGGCUACAGCCCCAGUCUUCCUGACUCGAAUACCCAAGGGUUAUCAGAUAGAUCUGGUGGGUCCGAAUCUCCUUCCUUCCAGUCCGACGAUCCACGAUUAUCAAGAGGAGUCGAAGGAAAACUACCUGCGGUUCAUGAGUACCCUAAAACAAAUUGA